UGGGGCGAGCCGAGAGUAAAUAGACGCCGGAGCCCAAGAUGGCGGAGCCGCCCAGUCCCGGUCGUGGCGCGGCGCCUCCCGAGCAGGAGUCACUCGGCGCCAGGGCGGCCCCGGACGUGAAAGGUUCCCGCGGAUCCCAGCCAGCCGCCAAGAAGGUGAAGGGAGCCGAGGAGCGGAGCCUGAAGGGCGCUAAGCGCGUCAACGGUGAAGGGGGCGGCGGUGGCGGGAGCGCCAAGCAGCCGCUGCCCGCGGUCGUGCCGAGCUACAGCGGCCCCGCGCCGUGGGGCUUCGCCACGCUGCCCUCGGGCCCCUCGGCGGGCGCGGGGGGCUUCGCGUUCCCUUCUCCGCUGUCCCGGAAGCUUCUGCCGCCCGCCGUGCUGCUGCCGCCGUCCGCCUCCCCCUCCUCGUCCCACCCGCAGCACCAGCACCGCCACCACCGGCACCGCCUGGCGCUGGCGGCCGAGGCGGGAGGCAGCGGCGGCAGCGCCAAGCCCAAGAGACCCAAGGAAAAGCGGGACAAGGAGAGGAGGAAGCACGGGGCGCUGCCCAUGGUGGCGGCGGCGGCGGGAGAUGGCGGCGGGGCCCUGAGCCGGGAGGAGAACGGGGAGGUGAAGCUGCUGUUCCCGAAAGCUCAAAUCAAAGACAAAGUUAAAGAAAGGGAAAAGAAGCAAAAAGAAAAGAAGAAGCACAAAAUAAUGAAUGAAAUCAAGAAAGAAAAUGGAGAGAUCAAAUUACUACAGAAAGGUGGGAAGGAGAAACCAAAAACCAAUGCAGAAGAGCUACAGAUUAAAAAAGUUAAGAAGAAAAAGAAAAAGAAACAUAAAGAGAACGAGAAGAGGAAGCGUCCAAAAAUGUACAGCAAAUCCAUUCAGACCAUCUGCUCAGGAUUGGUUUCUGAUAUUGAAGAUCAGGAAGCCAAAGGCAUCAYAGAUGAUCAUCUUAAGGAUUUCAAUGGGAAAAAUAUGGAUCCCAAGAAGGACUGUGAGUCCAAGAUACCAGAGAACAGUGAGUUUCCAUUUGUCUCGUUAAAGGAGCCACGGGUUCAAAAUAAACUCAAAAGGUUGGACACAUUGGAGUUCAAACAGCUGAUUCAUAUUGAGCACCAGCCUAACGGAGGUGCAUCAGUUAUCCAUGCCUACAGUAAUGAACUCUCCCACUUGUCUCCUGUGGAGAUGGAGAGAUUUGCAGAAGAGUUUGUGGGUCUGGUUUUUAGUGAAAAUGAAAACUGUGCAGCUUACUAUGUAAUGGGUAUUGUUCAUGGGGCAGCUACUUAUUUACCUGACUUUUUAGACUACUUUUCAUUUAAUUUUCCCAAUUCACCAGUGAAAAUGGAGAUUUUGGGAAAGAAAGAUAUAGAGACAACGACUAUGUCAAAUUUUCAUGCUCAGGUAAAAAGAACAUACUCUCAUGGUACGUAUAGAGCUGGCCCAAUGAGACAGAUCAGCCUGGUUGGAGCAGUUGAUGAGGAAGUGGGGGAUUACUUCCCUGAAUUCCUUGAUAUGUUGGAAGAAUCACCCUUCUUGAAAUGUACACUGCCAUGGGGAACACUUUCUAGUUUAAAAUUAGAGAGUCGUAAAGACAGUGAUGAUGGUCCCAUUAUGUGGGUACGUCCAGGAGAACAGAUGAUCCCUGUGGCUGACAUGCCAAAGUCACCUUUCAAAAGGAAGAGAACUACCAAUGAAAUAAAAAACUUGCAGUACCUACCUCGAACCAGUGAACCCCGUGAAAUGCUAUUUGAAGACAGGACACGAGCCCAUGCGGAUCACAUAGGACAAGGUUUUGAACGACAGACCACAGCUGCCGUGGGAGUGUUGAAGGCUGUGCACUGUGGGGAGUGGUCUGAGCAGCCUCGUAUAACCAAAGAUGUAAUUUGUUUUCAUGCUGAGGACUUCUUGGAGGUAGUUCAGCGAAUGCAGUUAGAUUUGCAUGAGCCUCCACUCUCACAGUGUGUCCAGUGGGUUGAUGAUGCAAAACUUAAUCAGCUGCGAAGGGAAGGCAUUCGAUAUGCCAGAAUCCAGUUAUUCGACAAUGACAUUUAUUUCAUCCCAAGGAAUGUUGUGCACCAGUUCAAAACAGUUUCAGCUGUGUGUAGUUUGGCUUGGCACAUCCGGCUCAAGCUCUAUCAUUCAGAGGAAGAACUCUCUCAAAACACAAGUACUGUUGAAGCAGGGACCUCUGCAGACCCCAAGUCUUCGGUUGUUGGACUUCAGACUGACAGGAUUUGUACUAUGAGCAAAGAUACCUCCGAAGACACCAAAUUUCCAGAUGCUCURCAGACCAAGUACCUGCAGCAGGAAUUUUUGCCGAUAAAACACGAACCUCUUGCAUCUCUCCGAGUAAAAGAAGAACCCAUGAAUGUUGAUCUUGCUGAAAAGACGGUGACACCUAAUGACGUUGGGGGACAGAAUGUUCAGACAAGGCUGGAUCACGUUGAGUUGACGUCAUUAAAGUUGGAAAUGGAUKCUAAAUUUGAACCUGGCAACAAGGACUUACAAGGCAAGUUGUGCUCUGGAGGUCAYGUACAUCCAGAUGAUACAAGACAACAUAGUUCAUCAUAUCCAAAAUUGCAUGGACAAAGAGAGGAUGAUUUUUUGUGCUAAAUUUGUAUAUAUGGUUUUAAAUUUCUUUUUAAAGUUAAUGAUGUAAUAAUGUAAAGACCAUAAAUUGUGAGGCAAGUUUGUGACUUGUCUUCGCAUCUGUUACAGAAAAUAGUUAUGUAGCUUUGUAACAUUCCUCAGUGCCUGUCCAUAACUGUGAAGUAUCAAAGCACUUAGGGCCAGAUGCACUGUAAACACUGCAGGUUUAACAUAAAGAAGUCUUUAAAUAAUUUUGAGUUGUAGGUUUUAGAGUAGAGCUGACAUUUAACAUAUAUAUUUUUUGUAAGAUGAGCCAGAAUUCUUUUUGACAAUUCCAGGCUUUUCCAUAGAGCUUAUUUAUACCAAUUUUUUCAUUUUAAAUGUGUCAGCACUGUAGUGUAAAUAUCUUUUUUAAAAAUCUUUUUAGUGUGAUUUAUACUGAAAUGUGAGCCGCUUAAUAAAGGUUCAUAAUAACAGAUUGGUUUUAUUUUUGGGUCUGCAAAAAAAAAUCAGUUCAACUGCCUCUCUAAGCGGUUAUGUUUCUACCUGCACUAAUGCAUAGGAUGCCCUUAYACCUUGUGGGUGAGGAGCUGUAGCAAACUGAGGUAGAGCUGAGGCAUCUUUAUAAAUGCAGAUUAGUCAGAAGGCAGAAUCAGUCCUCCUGUCACAUGAUUCCUUAUAGAUGCUCGUUCAAGGCACUCCCCAAACUCCUGCUGUCAGAUAUUUAUGUGGAACAGGGAGACAAACCGUCCUCCCUGUUGUGGRGGGCAGUUGACCACUCAGUGGGCUCCAGGAGCGCUACCAGUACCUGCCUGCAUCUCUCUAGAUAAGCUGAUGAAAGGGAGCAAACGCCCUCCUGGGCUUUGCCUCUUGGCCCUGCUCAGGGCACAGUUCAGACAGUUCCAUUUUAUGUUAAAAAAAAAAAAACACCCAACCAAAAAACCAACAAACCCACAAAACAAGCCAAAAAAGCAACCACCUCCUCAAAGCUGUUAUCUGACUACACUUAAACCCAAGAAUAUUUAAGUGGUUACUUACCCAGUUAAAAYGGCCUCUACUUUGGCAGUGGCCUGUAAUUCACAGAGAUGUACCUGGAUUUGAAUUGCUCCCUGUACUGAUAGUGUCAGGCUAUAAAGAGACUUGCCAGUGUGCAUAGUAGGAAGGCUCCUCAUGAGUCACAGUUUGGAAGCAAGAGCUGUUUCAUUAAGAAAAUAACAGCAGUGUCCAARUUAACUGUUCUCUUUCCCCACCUGUGGAAUACUUGGAUUCUCAUAAGUUGUGUUCUGAGGGAAGAGGGUUUCAAGGCUAGCUAGCAUCUGAUCUGGUAACUCUGUCAUUAAACUUAUUUAUUCUCUGUGUAGUGUAUUCCUGUGUAGUUCAAACACAGUGGAAUGAUACAUUUCUCUUGGGUAGCUGCGGUAAACUGCCCUGCAGCCUGUCCUUCAGAUAAAUAUGUAAAACUUUAGAUCCAAGGCCUGUUAUUUCCAAAGCCCUCUGUAUCUCUGAUUUUUGUUAGAAUUUUUCUGUAUAAUGUUUUACAGAAAUGUACAUCCUUAAGUAUCCAGUUCAUAGACUUUGAUGCACUUAGUGAUCUCUCUGGCUUCAUUUGUAGCAAUAGAACAAUGUGAUUUUCAGGUGAUGUCCAAUUCAACUACCUGAGGUUGUAAAUGUUUUUUUUUGCUUAUAGGUUGUUAAAAUUUAAAACAAUUUUGUACUGCAAAAACAAAACAAGUAUGUACUGCAUACUCACAGCUGGCACUAAAAUCAGCUGUUUAUUAGAUGAGUGCCCUGAUUGGUUUAAUCUAAAAUAGGUCUGUCAAGGAAUUAUUAAUUAAAUCACUAUUUGAAUUGCUAAACRUUACUCCUACAUAGCCAUAAUUAUGUAUUAGAGAAGCAAUAGAAAUCUGAGUCUCUUGGAUGUGGAUAAUACGUCCUCAAGUCUUACUACUGUUUUCUUUAAUGCUGGCUAAGAGAUUACUACCAGUUUUUCAGCCUCAGGGAUCUUGCUUUCCCCUUUGCCAUGAGCAAAUGAUUAAUGUGUGAUGUGGUUAUUGGUUUAGCAGAUUGUGAUUUGAAAAAAUUCAUUUGUUCAUGUAAGAACUUGAGCCUUUCUUAUAGUAGGAAUGUGGUCUCAGCUCCCUUUGCUGUUUUCUGGAUUAUCUGGAAGUAAUGCUUAUGAACAUCCAUAUACAGUUCCCUGGCCUUCCAUUCCUGUUUUCUGUGCUGGCCAUGAAGAACAGCUACAGAGCAGAGCUGCGGGUUGUAGUUUGCCCUAAGCAUGCAGCUCUCCAAGUGGGACAGCUGAGCAAAACCAGCAGC